AGGGUUCUUGCGCGGCAUGCCGCCGGGGUGCUCGAGUCGCAAUGUGGGAUCCAUGACGCUCCCUGGCGAUGGAUUUCGCCGGGGAGAAGCUGAGAAGCUGAAUCGCGAGUGAUAAUCUCUGUGCUCGAGCGAAUUCGUUGUGAUUUCUGGCCGCAAUGGAGCAGCAUUCGUGGAAAUAUUUUCUUCUUCUCGGGGUCUUGCUCGUCUCGGCCGCGGCCGAGACGGAUCCAGUCGACGCCGAGGCGCUGCAAUCGUUCCAGAAGGGCUUGAGCAACGGGGAGAUUCUCCAGUGGAGCGGCACCGAUCCGUGCGGCGCGGCGUGGAAGCACGUCCAGUGUCGGGGGAAAUCUGUGACAGGGAUCGAUGUGGCGUUUCUGGGGCUCCAGGGGAUCGUCUCUCCAUCGCUCAACCGGCUCUCCAAUCUCGAGUACCUCGGGAUGCAAGGGAACGCUCUAUCUGGAUCCAUGCCCUCGCUUGCCGGGAUGGCCAACCUCAAGAUCGCCUACUUCGACAACAACGAUUUCUCCUCCAUCCCGGGGGAUUUCUUCGCAGGCCUCGAAUCCCUCGAGGCGAUCUACCUCGACAACAAUCCUCUCAACGGCACGGCCGGAUGGGAGCUCCCGGUGGAUAUUUCGCACCUGGGAGCUCUUGCGAACCUCUCCCUCACGAACUCCAGCGUCGUGGGGAGCAUCCCAGCGUUCCUGGGAGCGAUGCCGCAUCUCAAGGUCUUGAAUCUCGCCUACAAUCGCCUCACCGGUGGGAUCCCUCCCUCGUUUGUAAGUUCCAAUCUCGUCCAGCUCCAGGCCAACAACAUGCAAGGCCCGGUUCUCACAGGCCCGAUCGACGCUGUGGGCGGCAUGGGAUCGCUCGUCCAGCUAUGGCUCCAGGUGAACGAGAUCGCUGGAACCAUCCCACCGGGGCUGGGCAACGCGCUCGCGCUCCAGGAUCUCAAGCUCAACGACAAUCGCCUCACAGGACCCAUUCCAGCGAGCUUGGCAGAGCUUCCACUCGCGAUCCUUUCAGUGGACAACAACGAGCUCAUCGGUGUUCUUCCGGCCUUCAAGCCCGCGACCAAGGUCCUCGCUACUGGGAAUAACUUCUGCCAGGCGGUCCCGGGGCUGCGAUGCUCUCACGACGUGGAGACGCUGCUCGAGUUUAUCGGGGAGUUUGGCUACCCGGCAUCGAUCGUCUCGUCGUGGAAGGGCGACGAUCCGUGUCUCUGGACGGGGAUCGUCUGUGACUCGGGGAAGCGGGUGUCGGUGAUCGAUCUCGCGGGGAGCCAGCUCGUGGGUCGGCUCUCUCCGGCGCUGGUGAAUCUCACGGCGCUCACGGUGCUGAGGCUCAACGGGAACAACAUCAGUGGCGGCAUUCCUCCGGUGCUCACCAGCAUGAAGUCGCUCCAGCAAGUCGACUUACACAACAAUAACCUGUCUGGCGAUCUUCCGCAGUUCCCCGAGUCCGUGAAGACGAAUUUCCAGGGGAAUCCUUUGCUGCUCCAGAGCUUGCCACCCGUGACUUCUCCUCCAGUUGCUCCUGCGCAGCCGUCUGGUUCUUCUGGCGGGGGUGGUGGUGCUAAGAACACGAACACCACGGUGGCGAACAAUGCGACGGCGGCGGAGGUUUUGCCGAGGAGCCACCACAAUUCCGUGAAAGCUGGACUGAUUGCGGGGCCGGUGGUGGGAGCGGUCUCUCUGCUCGCCAUUGGGCUCGCGCUUUCCUUCCUGUUCUACAAGAGGUCCGAGAAGCGGUUUGUGAGAGUCCAGGGCCCGACAAUGGUGGUGCAUCCGAGGGACUCAAGCUCCGAGGACAUUGUGAAGAUCAUCGUUCCUGGCGGUGCCGGCAACAACGUGAACUCACGCAGCCUUGUGGAGACGGCGUCCGUCAACUCCAACGGGACCGACGUCCAAGUUGUGGAGGCUGGGAACCUGGUGAUCUCGAUCCACGUCCUGCGAAACGCUACACGAAACUUUAGCGAGGAGACUGUUCUCGGCCGGGGAGGAUUCGGGGCGGUGUACAGGGGGCAAUUGGACGACGGCACCAACAUAGCUGUGAAGCGAAUGGAGGCUUCAUCCGUGGUGAGCAGCAAGGGCGUCAGCGAGUUCCAUGCCGAGAUAGCUGUUCUAAGCAAGGUCAGGCACCGUCACCUGGUGGCUCUUCUCGGGUACUGCAUCGACGGCAACGAGAAGCUUCUCGUGUACGAGUAUCUCCCGCAGGGUGCACUGAGCCACCAUCUCUUCGAGUACCGGCGGAUGAGACUCAAGCCUCUGGAGUGGAAGCGGCGGCUGGCAAUUGCUCUGGACGUUGCCCGUGGGAUGGAGUACCUCCACGGCCUGGCAUACAAGAGUUUCAUCCACCGGGACCUUAAGCCGUCGAACAUCCUGCUGGACGAUGAUCUCCGCGCAAAGGUGGCGGACUUUGGCCUGGUGAAGCUGGCACCCGAGGGGAAAUACUCGGUGGAGACGAGGCUGGCGGGGACGUUUGGCUACCUGGCCCCGGAGUACGCAGUGACCGGGAGGGUGACAACCAAAGCCGAUGUUUUCAGCUUCGGGGUGGUGCUCCUGGAGCUGAUAAGCGGGCGGCGCGCGCUGGACGAGUCCCAGCCGGAGGAAAACAUGCAUCUGGUGACCUGGUACCGGCGGAUAACGAGCUCCAGCAGCAAGGAGUCGCUGCUGCGGAUCAUCGACCCGGUGCUCGGGGUGGGCGACGUGACCGGCGACGUCUUCCACAGCGUGUACACGGUCUCGGAGCUGGCGCGGCACUGCACGGCGCGGGAGCCGUAUCAGCGCCCCGACAUGGGCCACGCAGUGAGCGUGCUGUCGCCGCUGGUGGAUCAGUGGAAGCCGGCGGACCAGGACGGGGAGGAGAGCGCGGGCAUCGACCUGAGCUUGACGCUGCCCCAGGCGCUCAAGAAGUGGCAGGCGUCCGAGGAGGACAGCAGCAGUGGCGCUGCGAGCCGGAGGAUGCUGGACGACUACGACAGCCACGACAGCUUGCCGACGAGGCCGGCGGGAUUCGCCGAGGCUUUCACUGCCGCCGAUGGGCGAUGAUGGUCACAGGUUCGCUCGCUCUUCUUUCUUUACUUCUUUUUCUAGAGGACUUCUGGGAGGCCAUCGCUGGGAUCGAGAUCACGAGCAGGGAAAUCGAGAUGGUUACAGGAAGGGAUGAGACGAUCAAUCAAAACCGCAGGGAAAAACGCAGGAAAAAGAAGAUCACAGGUCCCAAGCACGAGAGCUAAGGCUGACAGUGGAAGAGGGAAGAAUCAUGGUUGGCUCUUCGGGCUCUCCCCGAGGUGGAGUAAAAUUCUCGCUCCCAAGGUAGUGUAAGUCUGCAAGAGUUUUAUCUUUUUUUACCAUCUCUUUAUCCAUCUUUUUUAUCCAUGUUAUUCUAUGUGAUCAACUAGUCAUCUAAAGUAUGAAAAUGUAUAGAUGUUCGCUCUAAACAGUGGUCAUCCAAUCACCCAGAAGAUAUAUUUUAACUAAAGCUGUUUGGACAAGCUUC